AUGGCAAGCCUAAAGUGGGUCAGCAAACUAAUGGAGGAUGUGACCUGCCCCAUAUGCAUGAAAAUUCUACAGGAUCCUGUCAUCACUAAUUGUGGGCACAACUUCUGUCUGCAAUGCAUCAAUCAGAAAACUACAGCUACAGAAAAUCCCCAAUGUCCGCUCUGCAAACUCCCUGUGGAUAAGAAUGUGUUCAAGCCCAAUAAGCAGUUGGCUAGCAUUGCAGAGAAAAUCCAGGCUAUGGAUCCUGCUGAGGUCCAAUCAGAAGAAGAAGAGCCAAGAUGUCGGAAGCACAAAGAAAAGUUUCAUUAUUUCUGUGAGGAGGAUAACGAGUUCCUCUGCUUGGUGUGUUGUGACUCCAAGGACUACAAAGCCCACGAAGUUACCUCGAUAGAUGAGGCUGCCAAGAACUACAAGGUGCAGAUUGAGACACAGCUCCAGAUCUUGGGGCAAAAGGACAAAGAAAUAAUUGAAAAGAAAAAGGAAGGUGAAGGAGCAAUCCAGGUGUUCAGGGCCCAGGUACAUCUAGAGAAACUAAAGAUCCUUGAGGAAUUUAAACAUGUGCGCCAGAGACUGGAAGAGGAAGAGAGAUUCCUCCUGUCCAGGCUGAGCUGGCUGGAGCAGGAGGGAGUCAAGCAGAUAGAAGAAUAUGUCACUGACAUAGAGGGACAGCUGUCCACCCUCAGAGACCUCACAAGGUCCCUGAAAAAUAAACUACAAGUGCCAUCCAUGAAGCUACUGGAGGGCGUCAAAGACAUCUUGGGCAGGAGUACAGAAUUUGAGUUUUCCAACCCAAUACCAGUUCCUAUGAAGCUGCAGAAAAAAAUCAGUGAAGCAAAAACAAGACAUGAGUUCAUCAUAGAAAGCCUUAACAAAUUAACAGACAACCUGACCACUGAAGGGAAGGAAGAUAGAAGCACAUUCCUGAACAGCCUGGAUGAGAAGGACAUGGAGAAGUGGUGCCUGUUACAGGAGAAUAACUCAAAGUUGCCCACCUCAGUACCUACAACCCUGGACAUGGCCUCAGCUGACCCAAACCUGACCUUUUCUCAGGAUCUAAAGAAAGCAAGCUUGUACGUUAUCGACGGCACAUUGAAUAGGCAGGCAAAACCUCCACAAUUCGAAAAAUUCCACUGUGUGAGGGGCUCCCCAGGCCUCUCCUCAGGCCAUGGGGUGUGGGAGGUGGAAAUUCAGGGACCCUCAAAUCAGGAUGGCAUAGUGGGUGUGGUCGCUGAGUUGUCUCAGGGGUUCCAGAUUCCGAACUCUGAGCCAAGCUGCUUGUGGGCACUGCAGAUCUCGUCCUCUGGAUGUCAGCCAAUCACCAACUGCAGUAUUCGGGAGAAUCUCCCAUUCUCUUAUAGGAAAGUGGGCAUCUACGUAGAUUAUGACCAUGGAGAUAUAGUCUUCUAUGAUGCCGUCACUAACAAACACAUCUACACCUUCCAAACUUCCUUUGACAGACCGGUCUUCCCUUAUUUUGGGCUCAAAACCGCCCGCAGCUCUAUCACCCUAAGCCCCUAG